GUUAAACGGCAUGUACCGACAUAGAUGCACUGAGUUUCACUGCUGCAGAAGGAACAGACAAGACAUCGUAAACUUCCAGCAGCAUGUUCCUGUUGAGUCUCUCCGUCUGCGCUGGCCUUCUGCUGAGCUUCCCCCGCUGCUCCAGCGCAGCGUGCACCGAUGGGAAGCCCAAGGAGUGUCUGGACGCUGAAUUCGCUCCAGGUUCCAACUUGGCCGGGGAAGGCUUCGACAUCACCAAGAUGGAGCGCAAGGCGGCGUUCGUGCUGGAUAUGAACACGUGGAAACGCAAAGACAAGACCUGCACGCUGUGCAUCAACCCCUACCUGGAAGGCAGGAAGCAGAAGCUGCCUCUGAACGUGCUGGACUGGAGGGCCAAGCAGUCCUGCAGCUCCAAAGUCUCCUCCAAGCUGCACAAAUCCAGCGAGGACCUGGUCAGCGGCAGCAGCUCUUCGGUCACCAACAACUGGAAGACGGGUCUGGAAGUGGAAGCCAAGGAUAAAUCUGGCAAACUCAUGCUGGCCGGGACCAGCUCCAACCUGGCCCAAUACUCCAUGGAGAAAACAAAGAACGACAAGUUCAGCUUCGCCAGCAUCGGCAUGUCCUGCGAGUACUACAGCUUCAGAGUUUCCUCCAGUCCCAGGUUGAGCAAAGAUUUCAAAACAGCCGUGAAAAAGCUUCCCAAGGUCUACAGCCCAGAAUACAAGACGAGAUUUUACAAGCUGAUCGACGACUUUGGCACCCAUUACAUCACCAAGGUGAAUCUGGGAGGACGCGUUGAGUCUGUGACCAGCAUCAGGCAAUGUGAAGCCAGCCUGCUGGGCUUAAAUACCGAGGAGGUCCAGAUGUGUCUGGAGGCCGAAGCGUCUGCGAGCAUCAAGGUUCAGGCAGAAGCAGAGUCGAAGCACUGCCGCGAGGUCACAGACAAGAUGGAGAACAAAAAAUCCAUCUCAGACACAUUCAACGACAGGUUCACAGAAAUGAAAGGGGGGCUCAACGUGGACACAGACCUUCUUUUUUCUGCCCAGAGAAACCCAGAAGCCUACAAGACGUGGCUCAGCUCAGUGCCGCAGAAUCCUGACAUCAUUUCCCAUUCCCUGGCGUCGCUUCACGAGUUGUUCCCGGCCAACAACCCGGUCAGGAAAAACCUGCGCGCGGCCAUCAGCCACUACAUCCUGGAGAAAGGUCUGUGGAGGAACUGCAGCGCGCGCUGUCAGGCCGGCAUCAAGAGCGACUCGAGGGAUUCCUGCGUCUGCCAGUGCCACAACGAACCUGCGGUGAACCCGGACUGCUGCCCCACCCGCAAAGGAAUGGCCCGCGUCGUCCUAACGGUGCUGAAGGCCACCGAUCUGUGGGGCGACCACACCACCGCCACCGACGGCUUCAUUAAGGUGUUCGUUAACAAAGAACUUGUUACCCGUACUUCAGUCAUGAAAAACAACAACAACCCACAAUGGAACGCCAUCGUGGACCUGGGCACCAGGGACAUCUCCUCCGUGAACGUGGUGCGCUUUGAGGUGUGGGAUCAGGACAACGACUGGGACGACGACCUGCUGGGCGAAUGCGAGCGACGGCUGUCCGUUGGCGUCCUGGAAGACGUGUGCCCUCUCCAACAUGGCCGAUUCUACUUCAAGUGGGAGGUGAAGUGCAUUCCGCAUCUAGCCGGAGAUUCUUGCACCGUCUAUAAACCGUCGAGCAUGGCUCAGAGCCUGAGGAGCUUCUACGUGUCCCGACACGCCCACCCGAUCCCAAAAUCCAUCCUGUCCAAGAUGGGGGUGUUUGUGGAUGAGGGAAGCUCCUACAGGAACGGGACCCUGCAGUGACCCCCCCCCCCCCC